CAUGCGCCGUGCGCUGCUGCGGGGACCUGCGGGAUAGUGAGGCAGCGCGGGGGGGGCCGGAGGAGGAGGACAUGGUGCCAAAUAGUGAUCCCCAGCUGCUGGUGUGCUCCUAGGGGGGGCUGGCUGCCUGCGGAGUGGUGGUGGUGGUGGUGUGGGGGGGGAUAAGGUAGCAUUCCCCGGGGUGCCAUCCCCACCCGCCGCACCUGCUGAGGAGAAGGCGUCUGGGGCUUCCCGAGCGGCCUCCCCGCAAAGGCUUCGCUCGUAGUGAAGGAGUCACUCGUAGGGCCGGGAGAGUGAAGAUCAAAUCUAAAUUUCUUCUGCUGAGUUGUGAAAUUCUGUUUAAUCUUCAAACUGGCGAUGUCAAGGGUUCCGAGUCCUCCUCCUCCGGCAGAAAUGUCGAGUGGACCUGUAGCAGAGAGCUGGUGCUACACCCAGAUCAAGGUGGUGAAGUUUUCAUACAUGUGGACCAUAAACAACUUCAGCUUCUGCCGAGAAGAAAUGGGUGAGGUCAUCAAAAGCUCAACCUUUUCAUCUGGAGCCAAUGAUAAACUCAAGUGGUGUUUACGUGUGAACCCUAAAGGCUUGGAUGAAGAAAGUAAAGAUUAUUUGUCCCUCUAUCUGCUGCUGGUGAGCUGUCCAAAAAGCGAAGUUCGAGCAAAGUUCAAAUUCUCCAUCCUGAAUGCUAAAGGAGAAGAAACAAAAGCAAUGGAGAGCCAGCGAGCGUAUCGAUUCGUACAAGGCAAGGACUGGGGUUUCAAAAAAUUUAUUAGAAGAGACUUCCUUUUGGAUGAGGCCAAUGGACUUCUUCCAGAUGACAAACUCACUCUCUUCUGUGAGGUGAGUGUGGUACAGGACUCUGUCAACAUCUCUGGCCAGAACACCAUGAACAUGGUGAAGGUACCAGAGUGCCGUUUGGCGGAUGAGUUGGGAGGACUCUGGGAGAACUCGCGCUUCACAGACUGCUGCCUCUGUGUGGCAGGCCAGGAGUUCCAGGGUCACAAAGCCAUCCUAGCAGCACGUUCCCCGGUUUUCAGUGCCAUGUUUGAGCAUGAGAUGGAAGAGAGUAAAAAGAACCGGGUUGAAAUCAAUGAUGUGGAACCUGAAGUUUUUAAGGAAAUGAUGUGCUUUAUUUACACGGGGAAGGCACCAAAUCUUGACAAAAUGGCUGAUGACUUGCUGGCAGCUGCUGACAAGUACGCUCUGGAACGUCUGAAGGUGAUGUGUGAGGAUGCACUGUGCAGUAACCUGUCUGUGGAAAAUGCAGCUGAGAUCCUCAUCCUGGCUGACCUCCAUAGUGCUGAUCAGCUGAAAACUCAAGCAGUGGACUUCAUCAACUAUCAUGCUUCUGACGUUAUGGAGACAUCAGGCUGGAAGUCCAUGGUAGUGUCACAUCCCCACUUGGUGGCUGAGGCGUAUCGCUCCCUGGCCUCUGCACAGUGUCCCUUUCUGGGACCCCCACGUAAGCGACUGAAGCAAUCCUAAAGUCCUGUCUUGUCACACCACCCCAUGUUUUUCUGGAAGCAGCAUCAGCUGUUGCUGCUGUAACCUUGACCACCAGGUAGACAGCGAAAUCUGUGGAGCUUUUACUCUGUUGUUGGGGGGAAGAGACUGCUUCAUGACACCCAGACUUUUUAAAACAGCACCAAGUAACUUGGGGAGAGGGGGGAGGGUGGGCCUGGGGCUCUGGGGCUGUUCAACCUAAUGAAUCCCUGUCGCUGCAUCGUCUGUGUGUUCCCUUCAACUUGGCUGAGUCAAUUAAGUACAGGGUUUGGUUUAGGCACCAACCCAGGUUGGGAUAACCCAGCAGUGGUACUGGGGAAAAAAACAACGUCUCUGCGUCUGGCAGCACAGAACAAAUCGUCAGAUGCCUAGAGCAAGAGGACAUUCUAGCUUUGGAGAGUGUUUAGGGGUUAAAAAAGAAUUUUUCAGUGAAACUCUGGAAAGGAAAAUACCUGAUGGGAGCUCCAGUAGUAUUUAUGUCAAAAAAAAAAAAAAAAAAAAAAGAAACAAAACAACAAAGAAAAGAGAAUUUAAGUCCUUCCAGCUGAGCUAAAAACUGGACCUUUGUGUAACUCCUUAUUGCCAUCCAGCAACAAGAAGAUCAGUUUCUCUGUUAGUAGCACUUGUAUGUUAAUUGCAAAAAAAAAAAACAAAACACAAAAAAACCCCUAAAAACCAACAACCCAAAACCCCCCCACUUUUUGUAAAAUGAGAGAUUGAAGUGAAAUGGGACAGUGAAAUGGUGAAUGUUCUGGAGGUGUGAAUAGGCUGAAGGAAUCCUUUGGCAAGUUGAUUGGUUUUGAAAGGACUUGGAAAAAUCCUUGAUCUGGAGUGUGCUGUCUGACAAGAGCAACGGUUACUGUUUUUAGAUAUUGUGGGAAAUGUUUUUGGCAUUUUUCCCUGCUUUAUUUCCCUCCUCCCCUUUUUCUAAGAAAGCAAAAAAAAAAAAAAAAAGCAAAAAAAAAAAAAAAGAGAAGUUUUAUUGUUCAUGAACGCUGCGUCAGAAGUCCCUGUCCUGAGUUGCUAAAUGAUUCUUAACAACUGUUUGUACCUGACUUGCUGACUGUAUAGGAGCCAGUCCUGUUCCUUUCUAUUAGUCACUCUUCUUACAGGGAAGAAAUUUCAAAAUAGCUGGUAACUUUUUUUUUUUCUUUUUGAAAAUAUAAAUAAUUACUAUUU